UUGUACGUUCUUUUUCAUAAGCAGUAAAAUAUUUCAAUAUACAAUCCAAUCAUUUAAUUAGUUUCAUAUAUAUUUUUUUACAUAUUACAAUUACAGUUUGAUAAUUUUGUAACAUUCUCUUCAGCACGAGGCCUUUUGAAAAUAAAUCUCGCAUAUUUACCACCGUUUCUCACCACGACAAGUGGUGAAAUCUGGUUUGUUUACAUCGUGAAAUCAUCUGUUACAAAAUAUUCUUGUACCGAAGCGCAUGCGCUUGCCGUGUAGGGAUAUUUUUGGGGAAAUUCAGGAUCCACAUUUGACAGUAGGAAAUAUCCACACCAUGGUGGUUGUUUUUCUUUUCUUCACCCCCCCCUUUCCAUAAAUGUGUUGUCAAAGAUUUGUCAAAAAACGUGGAAAGCAAAAUAAAGGCGUGCACGUUCAACGUGAAAGAAAAAUUGUGCAUUUUUCAAUCGAAGGCUUGUGAUUUUGUACAGUGAAAACGCAUCAUUAAAAUAUAUGUGGUGCGCAUUGUUGGAAGAUAUCAUUAUUUGUCUUUGAUAAGCUUGGAGAAUUCAAAAACGCAAGAUUGCGAAAAUAAAAGCCAACACAACAGUGUACCUCUCUGUGUCUAAGUUAUGGGAAAACUUGAAGUCCUUGGAUAAGUCCUUGAAAUCUAUUAAAAGUGACUAAAAACCAUCGGAUCACCAUCCCGGCGCGCUACAAUAGCUUCAAAACGUAGAUAGCCGUCCAACAGGCGUGAAGAAAACGUGAGUUUCGUCUGCUGCGGCGCGAGUGCAUCAUAAUUGCUCGAUCGAUAAAUUGAUUUUCCCUUAUCGUUGACGUAUUGCGGUGGCCGUGAUUAUAUGCGGCGGCAUCAGAAGAAGCUUCAAAAAUAAAUGAUUCCAUCAAGGAAAAGCAAUCUCGUGCUGCAACAUUAAUGCGACCGCAGACAGUAUGGCGCGUUCCAGUUGCUGCCGUACGGUACAAUACAUCGUGUGAGUUUAUUUGAGCGUUUACCGUCCAGUGAUUUGGUUUGUCGAACUCCAGUACAAUCGGCGGGUGUUAAUGUGCGGUAGCGUGAAGUUGUUGCAAGUUCGAAAUCACGUGCCGAUUGUGGAAGCUUUUUGUCACCCGACCGGUGAUAACAAGUGAUGAUCGUUUUCUUCCCUGCUGUACAACUAGUAGUAGAACACCAAUCAUAAUCAAUGUUUCAGACAUGCCGCCUCUGGAAUCUCAGUAUUGCAAGCGUGCUAGCGUUAACACUGUCCAAUGUGUUCCUUACGGUGCGGUUGCUGCACAGCGGAGACUGCAACCAGUACAGCAGCAGUGUGGACGACGGCGUCUCAAUGGUACCGCGCGCCCCAAUUCUGACGCCUGCCACCUGCUUGGAGUACGUGCUGGCCGAAAGUCUCGCCAACAGUACGGAUAAAGCCGUCUUCUCCGGGCUGGAUCUUCGGCUGGGACGCUGGGAUACACGCCGUCUGUACAAGGUCUUUGACUUUGCUGUGGUAGGCGAACGAUUUCCGGAGCUCUCCGACACUUACAGCGUGUGUCUAGCGACGCAGAGCUCGCUGGAGAAGAUCUACUCGCUCGUCCAGGUGUCUCACCAUUGGUCCGGACCUAUCUCGACCGCGAUCUUCGCAGCCGGCAAUGAUGAGCUGUAUCUGUUGCAGAUUUAUCUCUCCUAUUUACGGGCCUGCUUUCGACCGAUCCGGGAGCGGGUUAGUUUUCAUCUGGUGCUGCCAAAGGAGCGUGCUCCAACGCAUCUGAAGAGUGUACACGUAAGCGAUUUCACCAAGUUCGAUUGUGCCAAACCGGAAGCGACACUGAACGAUUUGCUCAAGCUGCGCAAACCGGACACGAGCAAGUGGCGUAUCAAGAAUCCGUACCCCCAGAACCAUCUGCGCAACGUCGCCCGAAAGGGUUGCCAGUGCAGUCACGUGUUUCUAACCGACGUUGAUAUUGUGCCGAGCGUUAACUUUGCCGAGCAGCUGGACAAGUUUCUGCGAAAGCAGAAACCACACCAUCUGACGGCGUUCGUUGUGCCGACGUACGAGCUGGACGAGCGGGUACGGUUCCCGCGCAACAAGACUGACCUCAUACGGCUGGCGAACAAAGGCCUGGCGCGACCGUUCCAUCACAAGGUGUUUAUCUACAACCAAUUUGCGACAAAUUUUUCUCGGUGGCAGGCAGACGUUACCGAAAGCGACGAAACGAAGGUGUCGCACAAUGUGACGAACUUUGAGUUUCUUUAUGAACCGUUUUAUGUUGCACCCGACACGGUACCGCCGCAUGAUGAGCGUUUCCUUGGUUAUGGUUACACGCGCAAUACGCAGGUGUACGAAAUGUUUGUGGCAGGCUAUCAGUUCCAGGUGCUGACGCCCUUGUUCACCGUGCACUGGGGCCUACAGAACAAGAAGAGCCGGCCAGCGUGGCGCGAACGUCAGAACAACGUCAAUCGCAAAUACUUCGAGGUGUUCAAGCGCGAAGUGUUUGCACGCUACCACAAGGAUCCGCUGCGAAUGCUGCUGCCGAAGAAGUCCGCGAAACAGCAGCACGGUCCGGGUGCGGUCGGUCCGGGGUUGGUCGGUGUCGGUGCUGCGGUCGGUGUCGGGGAGAAGCAUUAGUAAAGCAAUAGUAGUAGAUCGAGACAAAUAAACGAGAAGGUUGAGUUAUGGAUAAACACGUUCAUAUCGGUUGCAUUGACGAACGAGUACAAGCAAAGAAACAUGUAAAUUAAUGCAAAAAGAAAAGGAAAACAAAACCAAUCACAAAUGAAGACAUCACCCGACAUACCCGGUACAAAUGAUAGGUCCACCCGUUUUGGCAGUAGAGCAUGUUGAUAGCUUUUCACCACUCGACUGCUAGCGUACUCGUUCGCAAGAAUGUGUGUCUCACCCAACGAAUGCAAGCAAAACUUUAUUCCGUACGUGUAGACGAGAGUUUUAAGGCGACUACUUCAACUGUUCUCAUCGCUCUCCACGUCCAAUGUUAUGUCUAUAGUGCCACCCAGCAAAAGCAAACAAAGCAAAGUUACGAGCCGCGUUCGUUUGUUCGAGAAGCUAUACACAAACCGGCACGCAGUAAUUACUAUCCAACAUAAUAAUACUAUGUAAUUUUUUUCGUUUAUGUUCAUUCGUUCCAGACCGAUAAUAGCAAAAGUAUUGGAAAGAAAAAGAACACAAAAAAAAAUCAAGCUUAAGCACAGUGAACAAUGAUACCGUGGGUGUUGCCAUGCUUCGAACCGUCGUCAGUGUUGAGCUGUAUUUCACGUGCAAAUGGUGCAAUUUUAGGUGUUUGGUUAUGAGUCACCUCGUUUAAAAAAAACACAUUAGGAACUAUAUAUAUAUAUAUAUAUCCUCGUACAAAGAAUGCUACCACCAAGAGGUGUAACCGUCGGCUACAGGCAGCAUGGGAGCACCAGCAUGUUUAGAUAAAUUUGUAUUCCAAACCAUGAUCUCACGCGUUGGAGAAAAUCGAAGUCUUAUGCUUUGUGCUAAAAUGAACCUAAUCCCUAGCAGACUUAUUUGUUGAUGUUCGUCCGUUUGUAAAUAGCUAUUUUGUAAGCCGUAGGAAGUGAUGAAAGUAAAUGCCAUAAAUAAAUGUGACGAUUUUUGAAUUUU